AAGAAGCCCUAUAUAAACCCUUUCCUAAGAAUUUGAAGGGCAUGGGGUGAAAGGGGAAAAUCCGGCGCCGUACUUUGCAGACAGGGCGAACGCCGGCGACCCGUCGUACCCAACUUCCCUCCGAACGAAGUCCUUCUGUGUUCUAUGGGCUCCCCUCCGAUUGCGACGUUGCCGCUGUUCGCGUAAAGAUCGGCAAAACGGAAUUCUCCUGUGAAAUGACGGAGAAGCGAAAGGUUUAAGGUUGUGAUUGGGCGGAUGGGGAAAUUGCACUCCUUCCUGCUCAACUUAGGCCCUCGGUUAGCGACCGGGUAUCUUAAGGACGGAAACAGCGGUUGAUUACUCAGGUGAGGGGAGUUUCCCGGAGCGUUCAGGUAGAUCCGAGGGGUUUGUAAGGGUUACUGAUGGCAAGUAACAUUCCAGUAAGUGAGGUUUAUUGGUCUCUGGUGGAUAAGGCCGAUAAGAAGUUUAUUCGGGUAAGGGAGUUGCCUUCUUAUGGGAAGAACAGGUACGAUUCGUACUUCCACAAGGUGUUCAAGGUCUACACACAAUUAUGGAAGUUCCAGCAGGAGAAUCGGCAGAAGCUGGUGGAGGCAGGGCUGAAGCGAUGGGAGAUCGGAGAGAUCGCGUAUCGGAUCGCACAGCUUUACUACAGCCAGUAUAUGAGGACGAGUGAAUUGAAUUAUCUGACUGAGUCGUAUAUCUUCUACGAGGCGAUCUUCGACAGAGAGUACUUCAAGGAAAACCCGCAGAAUCUGGGCCUCGUCAACAAGCAGCUGCGCUGCCUAGGCCGUUUCUUGGUAGUGUGCCUGUUGUUGAAUCGGCGAGAGAAGGUUCAGCAACUCAUCAAUGAUUUCAGGAUUCUGCUUGAGGAAUCUCGGAGAAUGUUUCAAGAAACUGAUUUUAAGGAAUGGAAGCAUGUUUUGCACGAGAUGGUCAGAUUUAUCAGAGUUGAUUCAGACUUCAUGAACAUCAGACCUUUGCGGUACAGCUUGGUCCUUGAUGCUCAUUUUGAAUCCAUUCCACAUGUUUCAUCUGAGAACAAAAGAGCCUUGCAUUUAAGAAGUGCAAUCUUAUGCAGUUACCAGCACAAUGAGGUUAAGUUCACAGAAAUUACUCUUGACACCUUCAGAAUGCUUCAAUGUUUAGAGUGGGAGCCUAGUGGUUCUUUUUACCGUGUGAGAGAUUCUGAAGUUAGUAAGAAUGGUAAGGAAGAAGGUCUAGCUGGGGGAACUGCAAGCACUCGUGUCAUGCAUCUUGAGGAUAUCACUGAUCCUUCGCUGCCACCAAAUCCUCAGAAAACUAUUUUAUAUCGUCCAUCUGCUACACAUUUUCUUGCGGUGCUCGCGACUCUAUGUGAAGAGAUGCCUUUUGAUGGAAUUCUGCUUAUAUACUUGUCUGGAAAGGGGGAUCAAGAUAUCCCUUCAGUUUCUGUACCUGGUGAUAAACUUGAGCCUGUGGAACAUGGUUCAGGUUAUCUACAAGGCCAUGAGAUGAUGUAUGAUUCAACAGCUUUGUCACCUGUUCAUUCCCUAAAUGACAGUCCAACUCUUAAGAUAAAUCAGCCUGACAGUUGUGAGAGCUAUUUGCAACUAGGUUGUCAUGGAGGCGUAAAUGGUCUUUAUGCUUGUGAUUUGAUUCCUUUCUCAAGGCGGCCUCUGUUUUUGGUUAUUGACAGCAAUUGCAGCCAAUCAUUCAAGGCAGCCUUACAGGAUAUCAGUGGCACAGAAAAAGGUGACAGAGCUGCUUUACUUCUUUCACCUGCAUCCCCAUCUCCUGCUUCUGGUGCUACGGAGAAAGUUCGUUACUCUAGUGGUAGCCAGUUUACUAUGUUCCUCACUGCCCCUUUACAGGCCUUCUGCCAAUUGGUUGGUCUAUCUGGCUCCAAGUUGGUCGACAUGCACAAUUACCAUGGGGCUGAUAAGCUGCUUUCCACAUGCCUAGCGGAAUGGGGUAGUUCUUUGGCAGCAGAUGAUUCACUUGAUCCAGUUUGGAUUAGAGUAUUUGACGAUCCUUUCUUGAGGCGUCUUAUUCUCAGGUUCAUAUUCUGCCGAGCCGUUUUGUCUCUCUAUGCCCCAACUUUCAGUCAGAAAGAAUUUGUUCCUGAAUGCUUGCCUCCUUUGCCGAAUUCCUUCCUCCCAAUCAAUCCAAGGUUGCAAUCUGCUAUACUUGGAAUUGCCAAUGUACUUGGUGUUGCCAGCCAUUUCGUUUUCUCUGAUGGUAUUCUCCAACAAAGUUGCAUUGAAUCAGUUUUAACAGAACUAAAGGUGUCAGACGUACAGCAAGUGAAUGGAGAUGGGAAUGACUCCAGUCCCCCAGGAGAAGGCAGUCGAUGAUUCAUCCUGUUCUAUAUGAAGCUUAAUUGUUGCCUAGAGGUUUUCUGUUCAACACCAUCAGUAUUGAGGAUUGUGCACUCGUUUGUGUGUAUUGCACAGACGUUAUGUAGAUCCCCGUCGAAAUCUAUGUGACGCUGAUUGUCUCAAGGUGGUCUGAGCAAAAUGAAGGGUCUAACUGGGAUGAUCUCCAUGGCUGUUCAAGGGUAUGUAGACUGAGGAUAGCUGAAAAGAGGCUCUUCAGACAUUUCUGUGAAUGAAUUCAAUGCAAUUGUUUGGAUAUCGUGUCAUGUCUGUGAUCUGAAAUUUUUGAGUGGAAGUAUGUUGGAUGAUAUGGACUUUUUCUUUUGUGACUAGUUUCUUUUUUGAGACUUAUA